UUUUUUUUCUAAGACCCCCCUCCCCCCACCCCUCUGGAAUUUUCAUUCAAGCUUUAUGCAUUUCUUUACAUUUUUGGACCUUACAGAAGCCCUGCCCCCACCUCUCAGGAAAUUCCAAUCCCUUCUUUGGGCGGGAAUAUGGAUACUUUUUGGAACUACACAAUAUUGCUGGUAUUAUUCGUGAACUUUGAAUAAAUGUUUACCUACUGUGCCAUAACACUAUUUAUGUCAAUAAUAGGGCACUUUUGGUUUUAGGGUGACUUUAAUUUGAUUGAAUAUAACUCCCACACAUUUAACAGUCUGAGAGUGCGAUAUGUAGUAAAUAAUUUGUUCUAAAUAUAGAAAGCUUGUGCUAAAUAUAUAAUUUGUUCUAAAUAUGUAAAACUAGAUUUAAAUAUGUUAACUUUCGUAUUUAUAAAAUUGAUGUGAAUCUUCAGUACUUCUUUCCAAAUAAACACAGCAACAGGUAAAAUGCUUUCGUAAAUUGUGUACGAACAUUUGCUUCUUAUAUAUUUUAGUUUUAUAUAUUUAGAAUAAGUUUUAUGUAUAUUUAGAGCAAGUUUUACAUACUUCAAGGAGGUAUUUUCGUCCCCUUUGGCCCGUCGUAACUCUGGGAUUUCUCAUUUAAAUGGUUUGCCGCUAUUUGUUCACUUUGGCGAACAAUUUUGAAAUGCUCCGCGGAGUUUCGACGCGUGUACGGUGAGAAUCAGCUCUUUGCUAGGAAGACACGCACGACUUUCAUGGUUUUUUUUCGCGAACUUCGCAAUUGCAUGCACAUAAAUUAGAAUUUUAAACAAUAGCUGAUUUUGUGUAGAUAAUUUUCUAUUGUUUUUCCACGUUUGCAUCUAAUAUUGCCACUGAUUAACAUUUUAAAAAAACGAGUUAAACGAACCUGUUCUCCCGAACUGUAAAAAUAAUGAUUCCUCUCACGUUAAUUUCGUUAAAAAGAAAGCUGUACUUCAUGAGAUGUGAAUUUCGGAGACUGAAUCGUAUCUGGAGAUUGAUCAUCCUCGCAUCUUUUGGAGGUCUGUUGUGGAUUUGGGUCUGGAAUUCAUCCAGUUCGUCUAGUGAUGACGGCCCAACGUUAACACCGCCUGAAAUUCAUGAAACAGUGCAGCAACAUGUGGGACAUUACUGCAACUUUCCGAUACGUACUUCUGGUGCAGAGGGAUCUUUAAGCUUAGAAAAACAACUCAAUCAAGAACGUUUCCAUUUAGAAAUGGUACAAGUGUUAAUAAGGCAUGGAGACAGAACUCCUUCUGUCUUUAUCCCCAACACGGAUAAUGGAAAGUAUGAUUAUAACUGCACGUUCAGAACUAAAGAUAACGACCACAAACAAGUGUUUAAAGAAUACGCAAACAUAACCAGACAUUUCACUCUGCGAGACUUUCUAAAAGGUAUGAAAACAAGUGGCCGUCUUCUUCCGACAGGACAACGGUGUCGCGUCAGUCAAAUGACACAGAGAGGUUUUCUUCAGCAUUUUACUCUUGGAAAACACAUGAGGACAGCUUACAGCAGUUUGAUAAACACAGACAUCAAUUCUGGGAACCUUCAUGUGCGAUCAACUUCGAGAACAAGAUGUGUGCAAAGUGCUGCUGCCUUUCUGUAUGGCUUGUUAACGAAGGAUACUAUCAUGAAAGAGGGUGUAACCAUCAACAUCACCACAGAUGUAUGGUUCCGAGAAGGUGAUAAUGGCAUGCGCUACAAUUGUCCUCCAUUGAUGAGCCGCUGGAAUGAAUACAAAAAGAGAAGAGAAUACAAAGCAGGAGCCGAGACAAUGGAACCGAUCAUGCAGCAGUUUUCACGACUGUUAAGGAUUUCAAGAGCGUCUCUGCCAAACAUUGUAGUGUAAGAUAAGCUUCCUAACCUGAACAUUGAUGUUUCAGACAAGUAAAAUAUGCGGAGCUUCAUUGUAUCUCUCCGCUCAGGUGUAUAAAUAAGUUCUUGUGAAUUGUAAGCGAAACCGGAAAAAAUUAAUGAGCCACUUUAGAAAUGGGAAGAAGUCUGGGGCGUGUCUCACCUCGCAAUGGCUUGUGGGACCGUUUCUGGGAACAAAAGAUGACAAGUCAUACAGGCUCCUGUAACGAUCCCACAAGUGACCGCGAGAUGAGACUAGCCCCAGAUCUCUUCUUUAUACUAAAGUGGCGAUAUAUCAUCUAGGAGAGGGAUCUAGUAAAGAGCAUGACUAGCUCCCUGCAAUAGCUAAAGAAAUAAGAGUUUCUUAGCAACUCUUGGAUUAGGCGGCCGCACUUUAUGAAGUCGAAUACUUUUGGCUAAAUUUGGAGUCAAUACAUUUAUUCUUUCAGUUUGGCUGAUGCCAUUUACACUCGUCUCUGUUACAACUAUCCCCUGCCAUGUGGACCUGGAGGCUGUGUGUCAGAACAAAUGGCAGCCAAGGCAAUGCAUCAUGCAACCUGGGCAUUUGCUGAGAAUUUCACUGGCAUAGCUGAUGUCGCUUCUCAUCCAAUGCUGAUACAAAUAGCCAAG